UCGAUGGAGGUUUCUGUAAGGUCUUCACGAGUCUCCUGGCUCCUCCCUCAGAGCAGCUGCCUCCAGAUUACAACUACCACGUGCCGUUGGUGGCUGCAGCCCCACCCCCCUACUCUAAAGCAGCUCCUGCAGGAAACCUGGGCCUUGUGUGGCUGGGGAACUCCCAGGACUCCUGCCACGCAGGUGGACCAGAGGACGGCUUGGGCAGGCCCCUCGCAGGCAGGGGAAGAUUCGCUUGGCUCCACCUGGCCGGAGAGAUAGCAGGGCCAGGCUCUGCCCACCCGUGGAGAAGGCCAGUACUGGGGAGACAGCCAGGGCUCCCACGAAGCAGGGAGUCCCUCCAGGCAGAGUGUCACCGUCCUCCCCUCUGGAGCUGCAUGUGACCUGAGCAGCAUGGUGCCCUCCAGCCCAGCGGUGGAGAAGCAGGUGCCCGUGGAACCUGGGCCUGACCCCGAGCUCCGGUCCUGGCGGCGCCUUGUGUGCUACCUUUGCUUCUACGGCUUCAUGGCGCAGAUACGGCCAGGGGAGAGCUUCAUCACGCCCUACCUCCUGGGGCCGGACAAGAACUUCACGCCGCAGGAGGUCACCAACAAGAUCACGCCGGUGCUGUCGUACUCCUACCUGGCCGUGCUGGUGCCCGUGUUCCUGCUCACCGACUACCUGCGCUACACGCCGGUGCUGCUGCUGCAGGGGCUCAGCUUCGUGUCGGUGUGGCUGCUGCUGCUGCUGGGCCGCUCGGUGGAACACAUGCAGCUCAUGGAGUUCUUCUACAGUGUCACCAUGGCCGCGCGCAUCGCCUACUCCUCCUACAUCUUCUCUCUCGUGCGGCCCGCGCGCUACCAGCGUGUGGCCGGCUACUCGCGCGCUGCCGUGCUGCUGGGUGUGUUCACCAGCUCCGUGCUGGGCCAGCUGCUGGUCACCGUGGGCCGAGUCUCCUUCUCCACGCUCAACUACAUCUCGCUGGCCUUCCUCACCUUCAGUGUGGUCCUCGCCCUCUUCCUGAAGCGCCCCAAACGCAGCCUCUUCUUCAACCGCGACGACCGCGAGCGGUGCGAAGCCUCGGCCUCGGAGCUGGAGCGCAUGAACGCCGGCCCGGGCGGGAAGCUGGGGCGCGCGCUGCGGGCGGCCUGCGGGGACUCCGUGCUGGCGCGGAUGCUGCGGGAGCUGCGGGAUAGCCUGCGGCGGCCGCAGCUCCGCCUUUGGUCCCUGUGGUGGGUCUUCAACUCGGCCGGCUACUACCUGGUGGUCUACUACGUGCACAUCCUGUGGAACGAGGUGGACCCCACCACCAACAGUGCACGAGUCUACAACGGCGCGGCCGAUGCUGCCUCUACGCUACUGGGUGCCAUCACGUCCUUCGCCGCCGGCUUCGUGAAGAUCCGCUGGGUGCGCUGGUCCAAGCUGCUCAUCGCAGGCGUCACGGCCACGCAGGCCGGGCUGGUCUUCCUUCUGGCGCGCACGAGUAGCAUCUGGCUGUGCUAUGCGGCCUUCGUGCUGUUCCGCGGCUCCUACCAGUUCCUCGUGCCCAUCGCCACCUUUCAGAUCGCAUCUUCUCUGUCUAAAGAGCUCUGUGCCCUGGUCUUCGGGGUCAACACGUUCUUUGCCACCGUUGUCAAGACCAUCAUCACCUUCAUUGUCUCGGACGUGCGGGGCCUGGGCCUCGCAGUCCGCAAGCAGUUCCAGUUAUACUGUGUGUACUUCCUGAUCCUGUCCAUCAUCUACUUCUUGGGGGCCAUGCUGGAUGGCCUGCGGCACUGCCAGCGGGGCCACCACCAGCCGCUGCCCCCGGCCCAGGACCUGAGGAGUCCCGUGGAGGAGAAGGCAGCACAGGUGCUGAGUAUGCAGGACAAGGGCCUUGGAGGCCUGCAGCCAGCCCAGAGCCUGCCGCUCUCCCCAGAAGAUGGCCUGGGGACUUUGGGGCCAGCCUCCCUGGAGCAGAGACAGAGCGACCCAGCCCCAGCCCCGGCCCUGCAGGCAGCUGGAUUCCUGAGCCCAGUGACAGCCCGUUCUGCCUGCACUCCGUGCUCCGCCCAAGCCUCAGGCCGUGACGCUGCAGAUGAGACCUGUCCCCAGCCGGCUGUCCAUCCUCCUGGUGUCAGCAGGCUGGGUUUGCAGCGUCAUCCAAGUGACAGUGUUCAGAAUGUGAACCAGUGACUCUCGGGGGCCUCUGUGGUAACUUUGCAGGUGACCCUCGGUACGUCCCUGUGACCCCUGCCUCGAAGGUCACUUGCCUUAGCCACAGAGGCCUCUGCUUAUCCUGCUGGCAGGUCCCCUGGGAUUCCCCCCACCCUGUGCUGCACUCUAGCGGUGGCCACAGCCUGCUGGCGACACUCAGGGAAGCUGCCUGGCCAUGCUGUCCCUGCGCUGUGCCCCGCAGGCUUUGGUUGCUGUAAGAGGUGGGUGGUGGGCUCCUGUGUCCACCCGGCCUCACUGGCUCAUGCCCCUUGCGGGGCUUGAGACAAAUCCUCUGUGCCCCUCUGGGCUGGUGAAGUGGUCUUAAGAUACCAGCUCAGGGGACACUGGCCACACAGGAGUUCUGAGCCCUCUAGGGCAGGGUGGGAGCCUAGGCCCCUGGGCAUAGCUGAGCUGUGACAUUGCUGGUCAUCCUCGGUGCUCUUGCGUUUUGGAAGAUGCUCUGCUUUUUUU